GACUAGUUUUCGGGACAGUCGAGCGUGAGGUAGGCUAUUGGAUAGUGUUCGGAUAGUUUAACUACAGGAUACAACAAAAUGCUUAAAGCGGUGCUGUUUGCCGUCUGUCUACCGUCGUUAGUUUACGGCAUUGCUGUGAGACCAUGUGCCAACAAUGCUCCCGUACCGCAGGAAGUACGCGUGGUGGGCUGUACCGCCGAACCGUGCACGGUGCAGAUCGGUGGGCUGGUCGACAUGGAUCUAGACUUUGUGGCACCCCGGGCCACUAACGGUAUGCGCGCCACCCUGGACAUCUUUCUUGGAACGUUUCGGGUGCCGUACGAUCUGCCGGUGGAGCAGCAGAAUGCGUGCAACUUUUUGGAAGCAGGUAGCUGCCCGUUGACGCCCGGUGAGUUUGUCAACUACCAUCUGAGCACACCGGCGGCAGCACCGUUCGCGGGCAUCACCGUUGAUCUGCAGCUGCAGCUUGCCGACGAUGAUGGACAGGCCCUGAUUUGCUUCCGAUCAUCGGCAAGAAUUGUUUCGGGAUAAACUAUGGGAUUUAUCCCGAUAAAUUAAACUAUGGGAUUUAGCCCUAUGUUUAAUGAUCAAUAAACAUAGAUCAUCAAUAACAA